CUCUGAGGCUAGAAAGACUGAGACGAAGGCUGAGACGGCUGUUCCUCCUGCCUCUCUUGUGCCAGUUCAACCUACACCACUGUCUUCGAAAGAUAAGAAUACACAGAGACUGGUAGUGGUCUUGUCGCAGGCAUGUCUGGAAACACACAAGAUCAGCACUGGCGGCGGGCCUGGAAGCGAUAAGUACGCCCUGCUCAACUGUGACGAUCACCAGGGACUGCUUCGCAAAAUGGGGAGAGACAUUUCUGGUGCUAGACCGGAUAUUACUCACCAGUGUCUGCUGACCCUUCUUGAUUCACCAAUCAACAAGGCUGGUAAGUUGCAAGUGUACAUACAGACUGCCAAGGGUGUUCUCAUAGAAGUGAACCCUUCGGUGCGGAUUCCAAGAACUUUCAAGCGGUUUUCAGGGCUUAUGGUGCAACUUUUGCACAAGCUGUCCAUCAGAUCGGUCAAUUCUGAGGAAAAGUUACUCAAGGUGAUCAAGAACCCAAUCACAGACCAUCUGCCAACAAAGUGCCGCAAGAUCACGCUUUCGUAUGAUGCGCCGGUCGUGAGGGUGCAGGACUACAUUAAGAAAUUGGAGCCAGAUGAAAGCAUCUGCGUUUUCGUGGGAGCCAUGGCUCGUGGAAAGGAUAACUUUGCGGACGAGUUCGUGGACGACAAGAUCGGACUGUCGGAGUAUCCGCUGUCUGCAUCUGUCGCAUGCAGCAAGUUCUGUCACGGUGCAGAAGAUGCCUGGGGCAUUUUAUGAUGAUGUAAUCUUGGAGCGAUGUAUUUUCCUGCGCGCGGGCCAGGGUAGCAGCUACGCGCCGGCCCCAAGUAUAAAAAGAGAGCACUAUUAAUUUGCUAUCUUCUUGGUCUUCUUGAAGUUAUUGCUCUGUUUUUCCUUGCAAAAUGCCAGUUUUCGAAUCGCCUGCCGUGUAUGUCCAGAGCUCCCUCACGACGCUGGCUACCUACUUUAUCUCUCAUGCUUAUUUGAGAGAGUUGCUGGACGUCCAUAUCACAGAUGCCAACUUUCUGCCUCUUUCUGCGCCUAACAGGGCCUUCUACAUUAGAAGAGACAACGACAGAAGACAAGUCCUUGUCAAUGUUUUCAACGAGAAGGGUGAGAAGGUGUACAUUUUCCAGAGAGAAAGUGCUCUAAAUCCUACCUGGUCUCUGCGCACCCUUCCCUCGUACAGAGAGAUUGCUACGAUCCGCUGUGGAUUUUUCCUCAAGUCGCUUGACUUCCACAACAAGCCAGGAUUGCAACACAGAGUGAUCAACAGCGAGUCUGGCUUGAGCGGUAGACUUAGAACUUUCUAUCUGAACGACGGCCACAAGUACGGAUGGACCAGGAAUUCCAAAUUCCUGGAGAAGUUCACCAACCCUGGAGGCAACGACGAGGAGGUCAGAGAGAGAGUUGCCAAGGUGAGACUCAUGAGACAGAGAAAGUUCGACUACGAGUUGACACUAGAUGACACAAAGGUGGACCCAGAGGUCGCCAUGGCUACCGCGUUUGUGGCCAUGAUGACCUUCUGGGGAUUGGGUGACAUCACCGAGACCGUGGGUCCUACGCUUCUGGUGAAAAAGGAGGAGGAGAGCGCACCAGCUGCUCCAGCUGUCGUGGACCCUCCAAAAGUUGACGCCGUCAGAUCAGGACCAAACAUCACCUUGGUCAUGGACGCCGACAACGACGCGGACUUAAUUAUCGAAAAAGCAUAGAUACUUCUACAAUACAGGGUCGGGGACAGGCUUCUUAUCUACUAUCUGCAAGUAACCCACUUGUAAAUUGCAUGACUUGUGUCAUAAUCUUGCUAUCUCGGGAUUUUUGUCUGCACAAGCGCGCGGUGCACCGCUCAAAUUGGUGGAUUUUGGUCCGGGGUAUAUAAAUAUCGAUCCGCCAAGUGCACUUUCUCGACUGCGUUCAAUCCAUGUGCUCGACUGCCAUUUGCCCUCUUUGCCAGAGAAAAUCGUGGACCGGAUGUGGCUCUCACGUCUCCGAGGUUAUGAGUAACACCAACAGAGAGCUCUGGUGCACCUGCAGACACGCUGUCGAGGAGGGCGACCCACGGUUCCCUCCAAGAGCAGGCACUGGCUCUGCGCGCAAGAGCGUUUCCUCUGAAAGUUCAGGCCCAAAGGACUACUGAUCUCCUGCUAUCUCGUCUCGUGAUAUGUCGUGGUUUGUAAGCUUAGUAAGAAAAUAUACGUUUCUGACUAAUUGUGAAGUUGCGGCUCGAUGAUUUAUAAAUACUGCUUAAUAUUUGCUAAACACGCCCAUCAACAUGCUCCCCGUGUACUUCAUCUCUCAUGGAGGGCCAACGUUUGCAGAUAAGGGCAACGCCGGCUCAGAGGUCGGUGCCUGGGACACUGUCCGCAAGCUCGGGCCAAAAAUCUUGAGCUCCAGACCGUAUUACGUCAUAUGCAUAUCGGCCCAUUGGGAGACUGCCAAUGAAGUUCUGGUGUCCAGCAACGAGGGCGAGAACCCAUUGGUUUACGACUUCUACAAUUUUCCAUGCAAAUACUAUGAAACCAAAUUCCACACAUUAGGCUCGCCCGCCUUCGCCAAAGAAAUCGUCAAGACCCUCCAAGACAAGGGGAUCCCUGCCGCAGUCGAGUCACGCGGCCUGGAUCACGGUGUUUGGACUCCCCUCAGAGUUGCGUUCGGAAAUCCGGACGUCCAAGACACCAAUCGGCUCGAUUUGGAGAUUCCGUUGAUCCAGGUAUCUUUGCCUCCUUCUCCGAAAAUUCUUGACAGCUACCGGCUCGGCGAAGCCCUUUAUGAUCUGCGUGCCAAAAACGUGGCUAUUAUUUGCUCGGGAAUGUCUGUGCAUAACCUUCAGGAUCUGCACAGAGCCAUGAUCAACUCUAGCGAGCCGCUGCCCUACGUGGAACCCUUCAACUCCUGGCUCACAAACACCCUUACACGGGGAAAUGGCCUCUCAGGUCUGCAGAAACUGGAGACAGAUCCCCAGCUGAACCGGUUGUACCGAGCUGCACACCCCACCCCUGAGCAUUUCCUGCCCCUUGCUGUGGCUCUUGGUGCUGCGCGAGCCGGCAAGUGCGAAGUGCUUCAUACGGCGGCCACCUAUUCACUGGGCUGGAAUAUUUAUAAGUUUAUAUAAGCAAGGGUCUGUUUUUUUCCCGAGGCUGUGCAGUUUUCAACUCGUUUUAAGAGUGUAGCAAGACCAGCGAGUAUAUAUAGUUUGCGCCAGGAAGGGUCCAAAAGGACUCAUGGAUACAUAUCUGAGAACUGUCAACAAUUCGAACUACCGGAGGCCUUUUCUCAAUUUUCAGGAGAGGCUGUCGCAGGUCUGGCUAAACAAGUACACGAUCGUGAUGAUCCUGAUGCUAUUCAAGCUUCUUCUUUUUCGGAUUUCACUCAAUACGUCUCUAGAACAGGCAAGAAAGCAGACUUAUAGCACUUGUUCAAAUGCAGAGACCUACGCCUCUUCACUGGCCAGCGUUCCGCAUUAUAUAUCCAAGAGCGCAAACGUGAUGAUAGCCAAGGGCUUGAGCGAAGCUAACAAGGGCUUUAUGGAGAUUCUUGACAUGGUUUUAACCAGCUCAAAAGGGCUGAUAAUGUUUGCCAUUGAGAUGACCAUUGGAACAUAUGUUUGUGUGCUUACAGCAACAGUGGAUGCCACCGCAGAGGUUGCUUUGAACGCUACCGAGAGCGUUAUUUCGCUGGCAAACGACACGGUGAAGUCGUUUGCCGAAGAACUGCAAGAUGGACUGGACGGUGUUUCAAAGGUGAUCAAUGCUCUAGUCGAGUCGUACGAGGAUGUGAAGGAUAUUUUUGACGACGACGGUGACUCGGAUGUGAGCAGCAGCAUGAAUAAGGUCAAUCUAACUAUCUCGUCGCUCAAGAACUGGCAGAUUACGGGGUCCAUCAACACCAAGCUGGAAAGUCUGUCCAAAAGCCUUCCAGAUUUUGACGACGUGAUGAAUUACACUGAAGGCCUUGUUAGUGAGCCGUUUGAAUACAUAAAGGAAAAGGUGUCGAUGCGUCUUGACCACGAGUUUUACGCCGACGAGCUGCUGGUCCCGGACAAAAAGACCAUGGCCUUUUGUGCCGGCUCCGGAAUAGAUGAAUUUUAUGAAGACCUUGCCGAGUUGCUGCGAAAAGCGUCCAACAUCAUAUUUAUUGUUCUUGUUUUUGCAG